ACCCAAUUGGCAACAUGGAAGAACGAUGAGUAAAAAGCUCGGAGAUCGUUAGAGUAAGCCCCAAGCCAGUCUUCUUCUUCUUCUUCACCAAGUCUGCUCCGAAACCUCAUUUUCCUAUCAGUCACUCUCGCCUUUUUCAAUUCCAAAACCCUAAUCAUGUCGAUUUUCGAGUACAAUGGAUCUGCUCUGAUUGCCAUGGUGGGAAAGAACUGCUUCGCCAUCGCCAGUGAUCGUAGGCUCGGAGUUCAGCUCCAAACCAUCGCCACCGACUUUCAAAGGAUCUAUAAGAUUCACGAUCGCCUAUUCCUCGGUCUUUCCGGACUCGCCACCGACGCUCAGACUCUGUAUCAACGGCUUGUGUUCCGUCACAAGCUGUAUCAGCUUCGUGAAGAGAGAGACAUGAAGCCUGAGACUUUUGCAAGCCUAGUCUCUGCUGUUCUGUAUGAGAAAAGGUUUGGUCCAUACUUCUGUCAGCCUGUAAUUGCUGGAUUGGGAGAAGAAGACAAGCCAUUCAUUUGCACUAUGGAUUCAAUUGGAGCCAAGGAACUAGCAAAAGAUUUUGUUGUUGCUGGCACUGCCUCGGAGUCUCUCUAUGGUGCUUGUGAGGCAAUGUUCAAGCCCGACAUGGAAGCAGAGGAAUUGUUUGAGACCAUCUCCCAAGCCCUGCUAUCGUCAGUUGAUCGAGACUGUUUGAGUGGAUGGGGAGGACAUGUUUAUGUCAUAACACCGACUGAAGUAAAGGAGAGGAUCUUGAAGGGAAGGAUGGAUUGACCCACUGUUGCACGUCCGAAAACGAGUCCAAAUUGCCAGAAAACGAGUCCAAAUUGCCAUUUCCACCUUUUCUUUACGUUGUUUCAUAUUUAUGUAGCUUGCAGUUGAUUGCCCUUGUUAUGGGUUGCUCAAAAUUGGAUGUACUCUCCUCUCACUAGUACUUGUAAUUGAUGAAAUGUUUUCGGGAAUUCAAAAGUGUUUCGAUUUACAAAACUAGGUUACAUUUUUUCUGAAUGUUUUCGGGAAAGCACAUGCCUUUUUUCGAUGGAAUCGCAUAUGCUUUUUUA